AUGUCUUACUAUCCUCCGCCAUCAGGCUACCCGGGAGGCCCGCCGACGUAUCCUCCGCCGCAGCAGCAGCAGCAGCAAUAUCCGUCGUAUGGAGCUCCCCCGCCUCAAUAUCCGCCUCAGCAAACGUAUGGCGCACCUUCCUACCCACCGCCCGGGCCCUACGGACACCAUCCUCAACCCGCCUACCCCCCACACGGCUCCCCGUACGGCCACACACCUUCUCCCCAGCCCCCAUACGGACAUCCUCCACCUCACCAUCCUCCACCUUCACCCGGCUACGGCCACCUACCCCCACCAACGCCUAACAGCGGGCCUGUUUUCCAUGGACAACCUGGUAUUGCCACGGUGAGCAAUAACGAUUAUGUUCAUGGAAAUCACAGUGCGCCACCUCCUCCUCCAUCCGGUGCCGUCGCAUUCGGCCAUGGUGCUCCCCAGGGAUAUAGCUACCAAUACUCGAACUGCACUGGCAAACGAAAGGCUCUGUUAAUCGGAAUCAAUUACUUUGGCCAGCGAGGACAGCUGCGAGGGUGCAUCAACGAUGUUAAGAAUAUGUCGACUUACUUAAAUCAGAGAUUCAACUAUGCGAGAGAGGACAUGGUGAUCUUGACCGACGACCAACAGAACCCAAUGAGUCAGCCUACAAAGGCCAAUAUUCUGCGGGCAAUGCACUGGUUAGUGAAGGAUGCGAGGCCAAAUGACUCCUUGUUCUUCCACUAUUCUGGACAUGGCGGUCAGACCCCGGACUUGGACGGCGACGAAGACGACGGUUACGACGAGGUUAUCUAUCCCGUUGACUUCAGGAACGCUGGCCAUAUUGUAGACGACGAGAUGCACAGGAUUAUGGUUCGACCUCUACCGCCUGGUGUUCGCUUAACAGCCAUCUUUGAUUCUUGUCACUCUGGCUCCGCUCUCGAUCUUCCGUAUAUCUACUCCACGCAAGGUGUUCUCAAAGAACCCAACCUCGCCAAGGAAGCUGGUCAAGGGCUUCUUAGCGUUGUCUCUGCAUAUGCUCGUGGAGAUAUGGGCAGUAUGGUUUCGACUGCUAUGGGAUUCAUCAAGAAGGCGACCCGAGGAGACGAAUCGUAUCAAAGAGCUAAGCAAACGAAAACUAGCCCCGCUGAUGUCAUCAUGUGGUCAGGCAGUAAAGACGUACAAACCAGUGCGGACGCAACUAUCAAUGGCCAAGCAACCGGAGCGAUGUCAUGGGCGUUUAUCACGGCCCUGAAAAAGAACCCUCAACAGAGCUAUGUCCAGCUGUUGAACAGCAUUAGGGACGAGCUCUCAUCCAAGUACUCACAAAAGCCCCAACUAAGCUGUAGCCAUCCACUCGAUACGAAUAUCUUAUACGUUAUGUAG